AUGUUACCAACAUCAUCAUCGGGAUCACCAACUUGGAUGGCUGAUAUGACCUAUAACCCUGGAACUAACGAAGAACUUCUUACACCAGUUACACCAGUUAAUAAUCAACAAACUUUUCAAGAUUUUGCUAUGUGGACAAUG